GAAAAAUCGAGCUCCACCCAAGUCGAAGCUGUCGGCUUCGGCGCGGAAAGAGUUGUACGAAAAGUAUCGUUCAUCGGGCGAGAAGCGGGACUCCAGAAAGGAAGCUGAAUCCGACAGCAGCGGAGACGAGCAUUUGGUCAACGCGGAUCAGUUGGAUCUGGAUUCGGAUUUCUUUAGCCAGGUUGCUGUGGAACAAACUUCCGCAACAGCUGCGCCCCAAUUUGAUUGCAAUGCCGGGGUGCGGUUGUCGGAUUCCUCUGAGGAAGAUGAUACCGAUGAAGAGAAUCAGGAGGACAAAAUUAAGCGGCAAUCCAACAAAGAUCUUAUAGCAAAAAUUAACAAAACUUCGCAAAGCUUUGUUAGCAACUUCGAAGGACUUGAACGGUUUAACAAGAACAUCGAACAGGCCAAGAAACAGUUGAAAUCAUACGAGACGAAGGAAUCUAAAAACGAUGGGAGUGUGGACAUAGGUGACCUGUUGGCAAAGGGAGAACAAAACGAGGAAAAUGCAGGCAAACAGUCAGCGAAGACUUCCUCAAAGGUCAAGAGAAAGAAGGAUGAUUCGGAAUCCGAUUGGGAGGAGGUGGAAGAAAAAGAAGAACCUGGACCACAGCAGGAUGUUCAGAUAACGCUGGAUGUUGGUCCGGUCGCCGCUCAAAAGAAGAAGCGAUGCAACGAAUUCGACCUGGAGGCAUGUAUCAAGCGAGUGGUUAAUCGGGAAAAGCGCGAAAAUCAAAUGGUCCUCCACAAGGUUAACAUUGUGAUGGCGAUUGCCCAUGGAAAUUAUGUUAACAGCAUUCUAAAUAGCUCAAAGCUUCUCGAACUUGCUCUAACCUUGCUACCCUCGCAAAAGUGCUACCCCAAAGAUCGAACCAACCUGCAGUACUUCGAGCAAAUCACGAAAUUCUUCAAGGAAAUCAUGGAUCUUAAAGAGCGACGAAUGUUUUGCCGUUUCAAGAAGUUGCCCACCCUGGAGGCUUCCCUGAGGCUGCAGAUGCUUACCAAAGCGGCCAUCUGCAAACGAGACUAUAUUUUAAUAUUUAUCAUAUUGUUACGUGCGAUCGGCGUUCAGUGUCGGAUGGUUAUGUCGUUGGUGGUUGCUCCGAAGAAGUUACCCCAAAGUGAACUGCUGCAGCAAACCAAGACGAAAGCGAAACCCGAAACGGAAGAUGAGCCAAAGGCUACCACGUCCAGUAUUAGGAAGGAGGGCGGUAAAACCGAACUAUCCAAAGGUGAUCACAGCUACGGAGGAGAUGAGGGAAAGAAAAAAGGCAAAUCUAGGGGAAAAACUACCAGGGGUUUGGAGAAGAUACCUCAACUGGAUGGAAAUGACGAUUCGACCGGCGUACCGAGAAAGAAGCCUAAAACGGAUUCUUCGCGGAAGAAGAUGAACAUCGAAAAGAUUCAGCAAUCUGGUACUGAUACAAAGAUCACGACUUCUAAACUGCAAGAAAUGGACAUGUUUUCACCCCGAAAAACUCGCAAACAACGCCAAGACCAGCAGAUCAGUUCCAUCAGUGAACCAUCCAAACCCAAAAAUGCAAAGCCUAAUGACAAUUCAACGUUUACAUGUUCCCCUUCUACUUCCACUUCCUCCAUUUUGAUUCGAAAAGAUUACAAGGAUAAACCCACGAAGAAAAAGCUUGUUGAGGAAAAAUGUGUACCUGUUAAGAAAAGUAAAACAUUGCCAAAUAGCUCGAAAGCAAAUCCUGACAAAAAGCAAUCGAAAAAUGUAGCACCUAAAGCAAUAGAAACAUCACACAAUAAACAAAAUGCACCUGACAAAGCACACAAAAAAGUAGAAUCUAAGCCAAGCCCUAAAAUACUCAAAGUGGAAAUCUUCGACAAGAAACUCAAACAACGGCUGGACCGACGAGUGCUGUCAACGGAUGACGAAAUCCGUCGAGCUCCAGAUGACAAUACCAAGAUCAAAUCCGGCGUCAAUCUCUGGAUCGAGGUGUACGCCGAAGAUGAAGAACAAUGGGUUCCAAUCGACGUGGUGGCCGCCAAAGUACACUGUCUGGAGCAGAUUGUCAAGCUGGCGUCGUCUCCGCUAGUCUACGUCCUCGCCUGGAACAACGAUGGCACCAUCAAGGACGUCUCCGCUCGCUACUGUCCAAACUAUUCCACCACCACCAAAAAACUUCGCGUCGAAGACGACUGGUUGGACGAAACGCUCGACAAAUUCAAGGGGAAACGGACGGCGCGCGAUAUCGAGGAAGACCGUGUCCUGAAUCGGGCCCUGAUGGAACAACCGCUGCCCAAAACCAUCAGCGAGUACAAAAACCAUCCGCUGUACGCGUUGAAGCGCCAUUUGCUCAAGUUCGAAGGAAUCUACCCGCCGGAUGCGCCGACACUGGGCUUCAUCAAGGACGAACCGGUGUACGCGAGGGAAUGCGUUCAGACGCUCCACUCGCGGGAAAUUUGGCUCAAGCAGGCCCGCACGGUCAAGCUGUUCGAAACGCCGUACAAGGUCGUCAACGCCCGGCCCAAAUACGAUCGGGCUUCCGGGCAAAUGUUGCCUGCACAGCCGUUGGAGCUUUACGGCUACUGGCAAACCCAGGACUAUGAACCGCCCACGGCUGAGGACGGUAUUGUGCCAAGGAAUGCGUACGGCAAUGUGGAGCUCUUUAAACCGUGCAUGCUGCCGAAGAAAACGGUCCAUUUGCAAUUGCCCAGUUUGAACCGCAUCUGCAAGAAGUUGGGCAUCGAUUGUGCCCAGGCGGUGACCGGAUUCGACUUUCACGGCGGAAGCAGUCAUCCGGUGUACGAUGGGUUCGUCGUUUGCGAGGAGUACAAAGAUCUAGUGGUGGACGCCUGGUACCAGGAGCAGGAACAAGAGGAAAAGCGAGAACGGGAAAAGUACGAAAAACGAGUCUACGGCAACUGGCGGAAGCUGAUCAAGGGAUUACUUAUUCGCCGGAAGCUGCAGAACAAGUACAAUUUUGAUAACCUUUCGGGGUAACUGGCAUGCAUUCGACAGGGAGGAUGUCAUCGAUAAUAAAAUCUCGUGUCCGGUCUGAAUGGAA